GCGCGGGCCUCCACCGAGCGGCUCGAGCGCUGCGACGACGCCACAUCACACCACGUGCUAAGCGAGACCACGAGCGCGCAAAUGCUCACUGAACACAAUUCACCAUUGAGUGGUGUAAAGCAACAUAAACUAGUGCGCAGUGGUGAAAAAUCAUAUCUAUGUGAAAUAUGUAAAAAAAAGUUUAGACGAUUAGCUGAAUUAAGCAUUCAUACACGAGUCCACACCGGCGAAAAACCAUAUCAGUGUGAAAUAUGUAAAAAAAAGUUUACUCAAUCGAGUCAAGUAAAAAUACAUAAACGAUGCCACACUGGCGAAAAACCAUAUCAAUGUGAAGUGUGUCAAAAAAAGUUUGCCCAAUCGAGUCAAUUAAAAUCACAUAAACGAUCCCAUACCGGUGAAAAACCAUAUCAAUGUGAAGUGUGUGAAAAAAAGUUUAACCAAUGGAGUGGAUUAAAAUUACAUAAACGAUCCCACACUGGCGAAAAACCAUAUCAAUGUGAAGUAUGUCAAAAGCAAUUCAGAGACUCCAGUGUUGCAAAGAUUCAUAAACUAAUACACACUGGCGAAAAACCAUUUCAAUGUGAACUGUGUGAAAAAAGAUUCACUCAAUUGGGUCAUUAUAAAAAACAUAAACGAAUCCACACUGGCGAAAAACCGUAUCAAUGUGGACUGUGUGAAAAAAGAUUCACCCAAUCGGGUGCUUUAAAAUUACACAAUCGUUUCCACACUGGUGAGAAACCAUAUCAAUGUGAAGUAUGUGAAAAGAAAUUCACUCAAUUGGGUAGUUUAAAAGCACAUAAACGACAUCACAUUGGCGAAUAACUAUAUCAGUGUGAAGUAUAUAAAGAACAAAUCAGAGAUUUGAGCAUUGCUAUCAAGCUAAUACAGCGAGCAUUUUACAACAUUAAGGAAUAUUUUGAAUACGAUAGUGAUCAUAUUGUAUAACACAUAGCUUUUAAGUCACGAAACUAGUUAAUUUAGAUACUAACUUAAAUAGCUAUUAGUUCGAGGUAGUACCUAACCAAUUAGUUAAAGACAUAAUUUGCAUGUAGCUAGAAUAGGUAGUUAUUUAGUUAGUAUAGGUAUUUAAGGGGCUACCUGUGGUUUUUAUCGAGUUUUGACAAGUUUUGAAUCGCAUCUCCUACAUUUGCAGUAGUACAUAUUGAUUUAUAAUACAAACGGCUAUCGGUUCUUCAAUCGUUCAUCUCCAUUCUUGUCUACCGGAUUUUGAGAAAAAAUAAUACUUAUUUUUUUAUGAUCUUUUGAACAUUGUCUAAAAAACACUUUGUAAUUCGAUUGUUGUGAAGGAUCUUACAUACACUCGGCGUCAAAAAAAUCGCACCUUGCCAUGAAUUCGUUUCAAGCAAAUAUAGCUCUUAUCUAAUGCAUUGUACCCUGUCAAUAUUGGUAUCAUUUGAAAGCUCAAUUAAUGGACUUUAAAAAGAUAAGUCGGCAUUAUCCGUAAAAACAACUAUCGCCGAACAUAGGCGUUUUGUUUAAAAAAGGACCGAGAGCCAAUUUUAAUCGGUCCGUUGUUGUGCAAUCCGGGAGGGGUAUAAAAUGGAGGAUAAUGGUUAGUUAUGGUUUAUUCGCUCUUCAGAGGUCACUGAGGUUACUAAUGAACCGUUACAGCAAGAAAAAACCCUUGGACAUGGAUACCAGUCCAGAAGGAGCAGCUCAAGAGGUGGCACUGCUGCAAACAAGACUAUGGCAGUAAGAAUUUGUUGAAAGAUUUAACAUAAACGGUUUUCGAGUGCGUCGAGUCUUGCUGGGGUUCCAGGUGACUGGUGGUUACAUCAGAAGGCCUGGACCUGGAAGACAACACUGCUCUUCCGCUAGAGACCAUCGGUACAAUGUAUCGAACUCUUUGCAGAACCGUUUCUCCGAGGCUGUUGAGCUGCAGCAGCAGCUUCAAGCAGCUCAAAAAACAGCAGUAAGCAUCUCUACGAUCGGAAGAAAGCCGGAAGAGAAGAGGAUGUUGCCCCGUAGAGCUGCUACAGGCCCCCGAUUAAAGCAAUAGCAUCGAAUAGCCAGGAGGCAAUUUUGCCGACUGCACGAAGAUUGGACGUUUGAACAAUAGACGAAUGUCCUCUUUUCCGACGAGACGAGGGUGUGCCUUUACACCAACGACAGGUGCAGGGGGGUGUAUAGGAGGCAGGAAGAGCAAUUUACGCAAGCCUGCACUGAAAAAAUCGUCUGCGUAGGGGUCGGAUCUCACAUGUUCUGGGGCGGCAUUUCGAUCGACGAGUAAACUGAUCUCCUGUGCAUUUCCCGCACUGAAGGUGGUCUCAGCCAGGGACCCCUGACUGCUCGGCGUUACAUAACGGUGUUCUAAGAGGAGCAUGUGUUCCCAUAUGAUGGUUUUGUUGGACCCAACUUCCAGUUUAUGCAUGACAACGCCCGCUGUCACACUGCGUUGUUUGUGUGAGACUAACUUUGGGAGGUUGGGAUCACCGUAAUGGAGUGGCCAGCAAGGAGCCCUGACCUGAACCCAAUCGAACAUCACUAGGAUCAGCUAAACCGGCGGGUUUGGUCGCCUGAUCCUGCUCCUGCCACUCUCGACUUCAAAAGGCCAUUAUUGAGGAGAGGAACAACUUUCCUCAAAAACGCACCGUGGCACUCAUGACAGUCAUUACUGAUCACAUGGAACCUACUCGGAGGGUAAGAGGAGGCAGCACUAGGUUUUAAGUUUAGUUUUAAGUUUGUUUUUUCCGUAUCUGUUGAUUUUGUAGUGUUUUUAUUCUUUGCAAUUUUAACCUGAAUACACGUCGAUUCGUUUUUCCUGAAAAUUUUCUUUUUGUAUGGGGUAGAUCGUCCAUUUUACGACAUUUUCCAAUAGAGGGUUUCAUAACCUUUCAAAUAAGGCCCCAUAGUCUUAUCUUGCGUGUGCGAUUUUUUUGA